AUGAAAGCCGCCGAGGAUCAAGUUGUGGAGGAUGAGGCCGGAUACCAAGAUGAUGAGGUAACCUGCCUAAACUAGCUAAUAUUAGCUUGCUUGCUAGCCUGGCUGCGGACAGUUUUGUUAGCUAGCAUUCUCGUAGCUGCUACAGUACAUUAAAAACAUUUUUUCCAGGUAGAGUGGAUUGUUGUAGCUAGUAAGUUAGCUAUCACUCAUUGUUAAUCAUUCAUAACAUAGCUAGCUAAUAUAUUGUUUGGUAGUGGUAACUCAAUUUCUACACUACUUGAAUCUAGCCUAAGUCAGUGGUGUGUCAGUCAGAUCAUGUUACUUCUCAACAUGGUUUCAAACAGGUUGUUUUGUCAUAUUCUUUACCCACAGGAGUCCUUUUUCCAAGACAUAGACACCCUACAGAAGCAUGGAAUUGUGAGUAUAUCUGAAAACAAGGUCUAGGAAAGCAGUCUGCCCUGAUCCUUGAGUGUAUAGACACUUCGUCAUGGGUUGGUUGGUAGAUAAACUCAAGAUUACACCUCAAAGCUAAUAAGUAAAAAAACACUUUCUCUCUCUAUUCUCUCCCACCACCACACCUCUCUCUCCCCCCUUCGCUCUCUCUCCUCUCCUUCCACCCACCCAACAUUCAUACAGAACAUGGCAGAUUUAAAGAAGCUGAAGUCUGUGGGUAUCUGCACAGUGAAGGGGAUCCAGAUGACCACACGCAGAGCCCUGUGUAACAUCAAGGGCCUUUCAGAGGCCAAGGUGGACAAGAUCAAAGAGGCUGCUGGGAAAAUGCUGGUGAGAGACUCAGCUGAUUCACCUUCAGCAUAGAGGACUUUGGUGUCUCAUGAUUAGUUUUGUUGUCAAGGCCCUAAAGAUUUGGUUUGGGGCUGAGGUAUGGAAGACAUGCAUCAAUCAACUUCAGUUGACAUGUUUUCAUCUGCUCUUGUGUUCAUUGUAGACCAAUGGUUUCCUGACAGCAUUUGAAUAUAGUGCAAAGAGGAAACAAGUGUUCCGCGUCACGACUGGAAGCCUGGAGUUUGAGUUAAGAUUCGCCCCAACAUGCUCAUCUGUUCAUAACCUUUCAUAUUAAUACAUUUUCCUGAGUCAUGUUGCAGUAUAAAAGUACUCCUAUUUUACCACUUCAUCCGUCGGUCUGCUCUGCAGUAAACUACUUGGAGGAGGCAUGGAGAGCAUGGCAAUCACUGAGGCAUUUGGAGGUGAGCUCUGUCUCUGACUGUGUGUCCCUUAGUCAAAUAUACAGUGGGGGAAAAAAGUAUUUAGUCAGCCACCAAUUGUGCAAGUUCUCCCACUUAAAAAGAUGAGAGAGGCCUGUAAUUUUCAUCAUAGGUACACGUCAACUAUGACAGACAAAUUGAGAAAAAGAAAUCCAGAAAAUCAAAAAAGUAUUUGGUCAAUAACAAAAGUUUCUCAAUACUUUGUUAUAUACCCUUUGUUGGCAAUGACACAGGUCAAACGUUUUCUGUAAGUCUUCACAAGGUUUUCACACACUGUUGCUGGUAUUUUGGCCCAUUCCUCCAUGCAGAUCUCCUCUAGAGCAGUGAUGUUUUGGGGCUGUCGCUGGGCAACACAGACUUUCAACUCCCUCCAAAGAUUUUCUAUGGGGUUGAGAUCUGGAGACUGGCUAGGCCACUCCAGGACCUUGAAAUGCUUCUUACGAAGCCACUCCUUCGUUGCCCGGGCGGUGUGUUUGGGAUCAUUGUCAUGCUGAAAGACCCAGCCACGUUUCAUCUUCAAUGCACUUGCUGAUGGAAGGAGGUUUUCACUCAAAAUCUCACGAUACAUGGCCCCAUUCAUUCUUUCCUUUACACGGAUCAGUCGUCCUGGUCCCUUUGCAGAAAAACAGCCCCAAAGCAUGAUGUUUCCACCCCCAUGCUUCACAGUAGGUAUGGUGUUCUUUGGAUGCAACUCAGCAUUCUUUGUCCUCCAAACACGACGAGUUGAGUUUUUACCAAAAAGUUCUAUUUUGGUUUCAUCUGACCAUAUGACAUUCUCCCAAUCCUCUUCUGGAUCAUCCAAAUGCACUCUAGCAAACUUAAGACGGGCCUGGACAUGUACUGGCUUAAGCAGGGGGACACGUCUGGCACUGCAGGAUUUGAGUCCCUGGCGGCGUAGUGUGUUACUGAUGGUAGGCUUUGUUACUUUUGUCCCAGCUUUCUGCAGGUCAUUCACUAGGUCCCCCCGUGUGGUUCUGGGAUUUUUGCUCACCGUUCUUGUGAUCAUUUUAACCCCACGGGGUGAGAUCUUGCGUGGAGCCCCAGAUCGAGGGAGAUUAUCAGUGGUCUUGUAUGUCUUCCAUUUCCUAAUAAUUGCUCCCACAGUUGAUUUCUUCAAACCAAGCUGCUUACCUAUUGCAGAUUCAGUCUUCCCAGCCUGGUGCAGGUCUACAAUUUUGUUUCUGGUGUCCUUUGACAGCUCGUUGGUCUUGGCCAUAGUGGAGUUUGGAGUGUGACUGUUUGAGGUUGUGGACAGGUGUCUUUUAUACUGAUAACAAGUUCAAACAGGUGCCAUUAAUACAGGUAACGAGUGGAGGACAGAGGAGCCUCUUAAAGAAGAAGUUACAGGUCUGUGAGAGCCAGAAAUCUUGCUUGUUUGUAGGUGACCAAAUACUUAUUUUCCACCAUAAUUUGCAAAUAAAUUCAUUAAAAAUCCUACAAUGUGAUUUUCUGGAUUUUAUUUCCUCAUUUUGUCUGUCAUAGUUGACGUGUACCUAUGAUGAAAAUUACAGGCCUCUCUCAUCUUUUUAAGUGGGAGAACUUGCACAAUUGGUGGCUGACUAAAUACUUUUUUCCCCCACUGUAUGAUUAAUCUCAUGCUCAUGAUGUAUAAGACUGGAAGUUGAGGCCCAAUGGCUAAAAUUGACCUGAGUCAGAUAUAAAACAUGUUUUUGUCACACUGUCACUGUAAAUGUUUUAUCCCUCAGAGUUUCGGACAGGCAAGACCCAGCUCUCUCAUACACUGUGUGGUAAGUUAAUGGCUGAGGGGUCUUUUCGGUAGUCCCAGAUUUCCCAGUCUUGGAAGUGAGUUUUCAGAAACGUACAGACAUUCUUCCAUGGUUGGUUCUUUUCAUUUAGUCCUUGUCUCUGUUGUUCUUCAGUCACAGCCCAGCUUCCUGGAGAGGACGGCUACACAGGAGGAAAAGUAAUCUUCAUCGACACAGAGAACACCUUGUAUCCUAAUUUAUCUGAGCUCUAAUCUAUAAAGUCAGAUUUGGAUCAAUCUAAACCCAGCUAACAAUUCUAGGGAGAGAGAACGUUUUUGUAAUGUUACCCAUAAUAUCUAUGUUAGCAAAAACCUUCUGAGAACUUUCUUUUGCAUGUUUUGGUGUUAAAGUUAGGAGAACAUUCACUUAAUGUCAAGCAGAAUUGAUCUAGAACAUGGUUACAAUGUUCUCAGAAUAUUAAUGUAGACUCGUUUUAUGGGAAGGUUCAAGAACAUUCAUGUGUGCAGUUUUCUGAGGGUUAGGAGAAUAUUCCAUCAGUGUCACAUCAAACAUACACAGACAGGAUUAAUAUGGUCAUGAAAAUCCUGGAAAAGUCAUGGAAUUAAAAUAAAAUAAAAUUCCAGGCCUGAAAAAGUUUUGGAAAAAUAUAAAACUCAAAAAGUCAUGGAAAUUAAUUUCAUGAUUUCUGUUAAUGUAAUUUAUUUAUGCACAGUUUUUAAAUAUUUUAUCAUAAAUAGAAAUCAACACUUCAGCCAGGAUCGGUUUGGCGCUUUAGCGCGUCUGUGUUUGCGCGCAUGACCUGCAUGUGUGUGAGAUGAGUGGGCCAUUGCUCAAGGAGACAGAGACAGUUGGACAUUGCGGCAGCAGGUAGACAGGCCUAUAAAAUAUGAUGGAGAACAGACUAAUAACUAGGUAGCCAGUUGAAACAUAUCUUGUACCCUCUAGUUAACUGUUAAGAUAUUAUUAGCAUGUAUUAAUGUUUUAGUCAUGUCCCAAAAAAGUUUCCACUGACACUCGCGAAAAAGGCCAUACAAAGUUGACAAACUUUUUGGGAACAAUUCAUAUGAUUCAUUUAAACUAUUAUUUUUUGACGAAACAAACAACUCACUUAACCAUUGUAUUAGUUGGGAUUGGGUUCAAUCGCGGUGAAUUGAAUCAUGUGAAUCCCCAAUUUUUUUUUUAUGUAGCCUUUCUUUUGAAUUAUGUGGCUUCAAAACUUGUUUUUUCUCCCAUUGUUCUCUGCAGAUCCUCUCAAGCUCUGUCAGGUUGGAUGGGGAGCAUCGCUGCACAGCUAUUUUCAGGUCUCUCCAGAGAUGUUAGAUCAGGUUAAAGUCUGGGCUCUGGCUGGGCCACUCAAGGACAUUCAGAGACUUGUCCCGAAGCCACUCCUGCGUUGCCUUGGCUGUGUACUUAGGGUCGUUGUCCUGUUGGAAGGUAAACCUUCACCCCAGUCUGAGGUCCUGAGCGCUCUGGAGCAGGUUUUCAUCAAGGCUCUCUGUACUUUGCUCCGUUCAUCUUUCCCUCGAUCCUGACUAGUCUCCCUGUCCCUACCGCUGAAAAACAUCCCCACAGCAUGAUGCUGUCACCACUAUGCUUCACAGUAGGAAUGGUGCCAGGUUUCCUCCAGACGUGACGCUUGGCAUUCAGGCCAAAGAGUUCAAUCUUGGUUUCAUCAGACCAGAGAACCUUGUUUUCAUGGUUUAAGAGUCCUUUAGGUGCCUUUUGGAAAACUCCAAGCGGGCUGUCAUGUGCCUUUUACUGAGGAGUGGCUUCCGUCUGGCCACUCUACCAUAAAGGCCUGAUUGGUGGAGUGCUGCAGAGAUGGUUGUCCUUCUGGAAGGUUCUCCCAUCUUCACAGAGGAACUCUGGAGCUCUGUCAGAGUGACCAUCGGGUUCUUGGUCACCUCCCUGACCAAGGCCCUUCUCCCCCGAUUGCUCAGUUUGGCCGGGCGGCCAGCUUUAGGAAGAGUCUUGGUGGUUCCAAACUUCUUCCAUUUAAGAAUGAUUGAGGCCACUGUGUUCUUGGGGACCUUCAAUGCUACAGAAAUCUUUUGGUACCCUUCCCCAGAUCUGUGCCUUGACACAAUCCUGUCUCGGAACUCUACGGACAAUUCCUUCAACCUCAUGGCUUGGUUUUUGCUCUGACAUGCACUGUGGGACCUUAUAUAGACAGGUGUGUGCCUUUCCAAAUCAUGUCCAAUCAAUUGAAUUUACCACAGGUGGACGACAAUCAAAUUGUAGAAACAUCUCAAGGAUGAUCAAUGGAAACAGGAUGCACCUGAGCUCAAUUUCGAGUCUCAUAGCAAAGGGUCUGAAUACUUAUGUACAUUUUACAUUUUAGUCAUUUAGCAGACGCUCUUAUCCAGAGCGACUUACAGUUAGUGCAUACAUUAUUAUUAUUAUUUUUCAUACUGGCCCCCCGUGGGAAUCGAACCCACAACCCUGGCGUUGCAAACGCCAUGCUCUACCAACUGAGCUACAUCCCUGCCAGCCAUUCCCUCCCCUACCCUGGACGACGCUGGGCCAAUUGUGCGCCGCCCCAUGGGUCUCCCGGUCGCGGCCGGCUACGACAGAGCCUGGAUUCGAACCAGGAUCUCUAGUGGCACAGCUAGCACUGCGAUGCAGUGCCUUAGACCACUGCGCCACUCGGGAGGUUAAAUAAGGUAUUCUGUUUUUUAUUUUUAAUACAUUUGCAAACAUUUCUAAAAACCUGUUCGCUUUGUCAUUAUGGGGUAUUGUGUGUAGAUUGAGGACAUAAAAAAAUGAAAAAUUUUUUUAGAAUAAGGCUUUAACGUAACAAAAUGUGGAAAAAGUCAAGGGGUCUGAAUACUUUCCAAAUGCACUGUAAGUAUGACUAUCGGUAAAAUAGAAAAGGUACAUUUCCUGAAGAACAUUUGAUUCAGGAGUAUCAUUAAAACAGGUUAAUAAACUCCACUAACAUUAGGCAACUAUACAGAAAGCCCUUCAAUUGCUGAAGUAAGUAAAUAAAAUAAAUGAUGAGAAUAGUCAGAUUAACUGAUACCUGACAUGGACAUGGUGGCGUAGCAGGAAGAUCGGAGGACCGUGAACCAAGAGAUUGUGAGUUCAAAUCUCAGGUGAGGACAUGUUGAAAUAAUAAUUACUGUAUAAAUGAACAUGCACAAUGUAAUCAUGUAUGUCAAAUAUGUAAGUUGAAAAUACUAUGUUAAAAGCACUGUCUGUGAGUAUCCCUUGCCAACAGACAAAGAGCAAUUAAUGGAACAGUGGUUCACCUAUCGAGUCCUUGAUUGACUCGGCAACAGUAACAAGGUGUAAUGGAUUUUUCUUUGGACACAAAUGUUCUUUCAACGUUCCCAUGAAACGUGUUUAGAACAUUAAUAUCAAAAUGUUCUGAGAACAUGGCAACCAUGUUCUGUGUAUGUUUGGUAGGACAUUGAUGGAAUAUUCUCCUAACCCACAGAAACUGGACACAUGAAUGUUCUUGCAAUGUUCCCAUGAAAUGUGUCUAGAACAUUAGUAUAUUAAGUUCUGAGAACAUGGUAACCACGUUCUGGGUAAGUUCUAUUUGACAUUAAGGGAAUGGUCUAUUGGAAACAUUCCUUGUACAUCACGGUUAGUUAAUGACCUAGUGAGCCUCUUUAGGGAACAUUCUCUAAAGUUGUGGGAACAUUUGUUGUUAGCUGGGAAAUCAACUGUACCUUUGCAAGUAUUUCUGAAGAUACAGGGUCUUAAAUAUCACAGUCUAUUUUAUUCACAUGACUCAGCCAAUAGAGUCUCUUACAAAAUCCUAUGUUUUCCUUAACCCGAUGUGACCCUCUAGUCGUCCAGACAGGCUGAAGGACAUAGCAGACAGGUUCAAUGUGGACCAUGAUGCUGUGCUGGACAAUGUGUUAUACGCCCGAGCCUACACCAGUAAGAUAUCUAACUUACUCAUUAAACAGUACCUCUCUAUCAUUACUGCCUAAACCUGAGAACAUAUUGUCUGAGGAAAGCAGUUUCACUAUCUUAGAUAUGAAUGUUAAGUAUACAUUUUGAGUCUGUUGUUUGUAAACAAAAAAAUACUGUAUACAUUUGAGGCUGAUUGCUGUGUUUCCUAACUGGUACUUAUGACAUCAGACGAUUAGGUAUUUGUACUGUAUACCUAAUUGGAUUUCAACUUCAGGUGAACACCAGAUGGAGCUGUUGGAUUUUGUGGCAGCCAAAUUCCACGAGGAGGGCGGCGUCUUCAAACUUCUGGUAUUAAUGAAAAUAAAAGAUAAUCAAUAUCACCUGUCACAUUGUUUUAUGGUAGUUAUAUUUUCAUAUUGUCAACUUCCAUCACUGUACCUAUCUUUCGGUAACACUUUAAUUAAUGCCAACAGGUAUAAUGCAUUAUUAUGUUUAAUACGCAUUUAUAAUGUCUUGUGUCUCUAUGUCUUUCCCCUUCCUCCCCUCAGAUCAUAGACUCCAUCAUGGCUCUGUUCCGGGUAGAUUUUCUCUGGGCGAGGGGAGCUGGCAGAGAGACAGCAGAAGCUGGCCCAGAUGCUCUCCCGUCUGCAGAAGAUCUCUGAAGGUCUGGCGACUUCUCUUGCAGACUUAUAUGCAAACUAUGGAAAUAGUAGACGUACAUUGCAGCAGAAUAACUGGCAGAAAAACUCUUGACUUUUGCAUAAACCUUGCAUUGAUGUAGACGUAUUGAUAUUCAUGUCUUCUGCUCUCCUCUCCCUAGAGUACAACGUUGCAGUGUUUGUCACCAACCAGAUGACUGCAGACCCUGGAGCUGGGAUGUCGUAAGUGACUGUAACUAGAUUUAGGAACUAGGGAUUGGUUUGGAAUUGGACGGCAAGUCAGCAACUCACUCACUUGGCUAAAGUUCUAACAGGUUUUGGCCUGAAAUUCUGAUCUGAGGGUUUCUCUUGUCUCUGUCAGGUUCCAAGCUGAUCCCAAGAAGCCAAUUGGAGGGCACAUCCUGGCACAUGCGUCCACCACACGAAUCAGCUUGAGGAAAGGACGCGGAGAGUUGAGAAUUGCCAAGAUAUUUGACAGGUAA